CGCGGCCCGCCGCGCACACAGGCCUCCAGGCGGGAGCUCUCCGGACUCCCAGCUGCGCUUUACGCCCCGUGUCCGUUUCCCUGGAAAUUUCUGCCUCCACAUCACAAGAUGUCAGAAAGGCCCAGAUUCUUCCCUGUGGGUGGAGAAACAGUAGCUGGACUAGAAAACCUGAGGUAGAUUCUAGCACCAAGCUCGGUUCUCAGAACUACAUUUCCCACAAACUUGGACUACACCUCCCAUGAGGGCUCGGGCGCGUGCGCAGAAGACGCACAGUGACAGCUUCCUGUCUCGGAAACGCGGCGCGGCCGGCUGCGGGAAAACAGGGCAGACCUGUAUGAUUUGUUCAUUCCUGGGGUUGUCGUAUCAUGGCUGAUAAUGACACAGACAGAAACCAGACUGAGAAACUCCUAAAAAGAGUACAAGAACUGGAGCAAGAGGUGCAAAGACUUAAAAAGGAACAGGCCAAAAAUAAGGAGGAUUCAAACAUUAGAGAAAAUUCAUCAGGAGCUGGAAAAACUAAGCGUGCAUUUGAUUUCAGUGCUCAUGGCCGAAGACAUGUAGCCCUAAGAAUAGCCUAUAUGGGCUGGGGAUACCAGGGCUUUGCUAGUCAGGAAAACACAAAUAAUACCAUUGAAGAGAAACUGUUUGAAGCUCUAACCAAGACUCGACUAGUAGAAAGCAGACAGACAUCCAACUAUCACCGAUGUGGGAGAACAGAUAAAGGAGUUAGUGCCUUUGGACAGGUGAUUUCACUUGACCUUCGCUCUCAGUUUCCAAGGGGCAGGGAGUCCGAGGACUUUAAUGUAAAAGAGGAAGCUAAUGCUGCUGCUGAAGAGAUCCGUUAUACCCACAUUCUCAAUCGGGUACUCCCUCCUGACAUCCGUAUAUUGGCCUGGGCCCCUGUAGAACCAAGCUUCAGUGCUAGGUUCAGCUGUCUUGAGCGGACUUACCGCUAUUUUUUCCCUCGUGCUGACUUAGAUAUUGUAACCAUGGAUUAUGCAGCUCAGAAGUAUGUUGGCACCCAUGAUUUCAGGAACUUGUGUAAAAUGGAUGUAGCCAACGGUGUGGUUAAUUUUCAGAGGACUAUUCUGUCUGCUCAAGUACAGCUAGUGGGCCAGAGCCCAGGUGAGGGGAGAUGGCAAGAACCUUUCCAGUUAUGUCAGUUUGAAGUGACUGGCCAGGCAUUCCUUUAUCAUCAAGUCCGAUGUAUGAUGGCUAUCCUCUUUCUGAUUGGCCAAGGAAUGGAGAAGCCAGAGCUUAUUGAUGAGCUGCUGAACAUAGAGAAAAAUCCCCAGAAGCCUCAAUAUAGUAUGGCUGUAGAAUUUCCUCUGGUCUUAUAUGACUGUAAGUUUGAAAAUGUCAAGUGGAUCUAUGACCAGGAGGCUCAGGAGUUCAAUAUCACCCACCUACAACAACUGUGGGCUAAUCAUGCUGUCAAAACUCACAUGUUGUAUAGUAUGCUACAAGGACUGGACUCUGUUUCAGUACCCUGUGGAAUAGGACCACAGAUGGAUGGAAUGACAGAAUGGGGAAAUGUGAAGUCCUCUGUCAUAAAGCAGACCAGUGCCUUUGUAGAAGGAGUGAAGAUGCGCACAUAUAAGCCCCUCAUGGACCGUCCUAAAUGCCAAGGACUGGAAUCCCGGAUCCAGCAUUUUGUACGUAGGGGACGAAUUGAGCGCCCACAUUUAUUCCAUGAGGAAGAAACAAAAGCCAAAAGGGACUGUAAUGACACACUAGAGGAAGAGAAUACUAAUUUGGAGACACCAACAAAGAGGGUCUGUGUUGACACAGAAAUUAAAAGCAUCAUUUAACCACAGACAAUUUGCCAGGACCUAGGAACCACCUAAUGGUAGGUGGACAGAAAAGGAAAAAAAAAAAAUUUACUUGCAAGUACUAGGAAUUCAGAUGAUCAGUCUUAAAAAAGAAAAAAAAGAAAAAAGACGAAAGCCCUAUUAAGGAAGUUAUUUAAUAAAAAAUUUCAAAUAUUCUCUUAUCCCGGUCCAAAAGGAUUAAGCGAUUAAAGCAGCAAAAAGCAGUCGUAAAAUGGAGAUGUAUUUACGUACACCUGGAAACCUGUGCCUUGUAUUCAAAUUCAUUAAAGCCUAAUCCUGCAAGUA